AUGCGUCACUUCGCCAACCCUAAGAGUGGCCCUCGCAUUCAAAACCGACUAGGGAUCCCUUUGUCCUCGUACACGGCGAACCAAGUCAUUGAGCUUUCUUUUUCCCGCGAAGGUUCUUUUCUCUCCUACGCUAUGUGUUCCCUGCCGUUGGAGAUUAUACAACACAUGACCAGCUUGGUUCGAGACUGGUCAUCCCAAGACCUUUCGUCGCUCCGCCUCGUGAACCGUGCUUGUUACCAUGCGGUAGCCCCCGUGGUGUACGACCGACUGAGCGUCGAGUUUGUCGAUUAUCCGAGCCUCCAGCGCAGCGUGUCCCAGGCGGGCAGUGGGUUUGGGGGCAAGUAUUUGAAGUAUGCCCGACGACUGGAUGUGAGAGUACUGCCUCAGAAACCAGCCCACACGGCCGGGCAAAAUGAGCGACCUCUCGAUCCCUUCUGGGAUACAGAUGUCCCUCUCAGCCGCUGGUUGGACGCCCGUCCCAGCACAGUUGGUCCGUUCAUGGAACGGGCCCUGACCGACUGGGCGACCCCUGGAGAGAAGUACGUCACGAUGGAGCCGGGCCUUUACGCCGAGGGAAACUGGCUUCCACUAGUCUUGUUGAUCGCGCGACUUGAACGGCUGACGGAGCUGCACUUUGUCGCCGCCAACGUGUUUCCGAGCUGCUUGCUUCAGACUAUCCAGGAACGGCAUCCUCAGUGUCGGAUCCAUGUCUGGAGCUGCCAGCAGCCGGAUCUCAGUGGAAAAAGCCCUGAGAUGGUGCUGCCGAAGCUGAAGUGUCCCAAGCAGGAGGAGCAAUUUGAAGUGGAGGUUCUUCGCUCGCCGUGUGUCCGCGCGUUGACGCUGAACGCUUCCUUCGAUUAUGGCGACGAAUGCACGCAUGCACUGCUGCACUAUCUCGCCAUGGCCCCGAAUCUCAAGCACCUGCGCAUACAUUCCUCGCUAGAUGGAGAAGAUCAAUCAGACAUGGCCGAUCGCAACAGACGUCCGCUUGGAAGUUUGAGAAGUGCCCGGCGCCUCCCGGCCAUCCCCGUGGAGACACUUUCGUUGACGGGGUCUGCCGACCACGCAGCCAUCUUGUUGACGCUGGCCGUGUGUGUCAAUCUCUCUAAUCUCCGCGCCCUGGAAAUGGACAGCGGAACGAACCCUACGGCAUUCACGGCUGCCGCCCUCGCCGCCCGGAACCUGGAGAAGCUAUUCCUCAACGUCCACCAGACCCCAGGCUCCCCAUCCUACGACGUCAUUGAAGACAGCAUCGUCGCCGCCAUCAACGCCCUACAGCCGCUCAAAACCCUCUGCCUGCGAUCCCUACGCACCGCCUCCCCCGUCCACCGAGUGGUCAAGCGUCACGGACCAACCCUGCAGACCCUCGUGGUGGAAGCCUCCACCGAAGAAGACCGUUCCUCGCGCGCAGGCGGCUACAAAUACCCCCAGCUCCACGGCGGCGAGAUCCGCCUCAUCGCACCCAGCUGCCCACACCUCCAGGAGCUGCGCAUCCAGCUCCGCCGCUCCCGCGGCAGCUGGCGCGAAUGCCUCGCCUACCAAGCCAUCGGGCAAUUCCCAUCCCUCCACACCGUCAUCCUCGACCUCCACUACGACCCCCGAGACCACCCAUCACCCUCCCACCCCUGCGCCCACCACCACCUCCGCGAGGCCCUCAUCAACGCCGCCACCGACGGCCCCCUCGCCACCGCCAUCUGGGACCUCAUCUCCGCGAACCAGCCCUCGCGACGUCUGCGGUCCCUGCGCGUCGUCCCCUUCGGCGCCAGGUUCUUCGCCCCGGGUGAGUCCCUCGUGCUGCAGCGUCUGUCGCCGUCGCUGCUCGUGAAGCGCCCUCCAUGUUACCCGCGCGAGCCGCUCCUCGUCGUGGACGUGGGGUCCGCCGAGAUGGAGCUCCAGCGGAGAGCGCACCGCGCUGUUUGCCACCUGCCUUUAGAUCCUCCCGUACCGGACUCUGUGGUCCGCGUUUUCCAUGAACUGUGGCCUCCUGUGACGGAGGGGGGUGAUUGGAGGAGUACGCCUUGGAAAAGCUUGCCUCUGGAGGGGUGUCUUGUUCCUUCUUCGUAG